AUGCAUCUGCACUUUUGGCGCCGCUGGCACGUAGAAUACCUGCACUCGCUACAACAGAGGGAGAAGUGGAACACCCCCGACAACCCCCCCGAAGUUUCUCAAACCCGCGUAACCCAUGUGACGGCUUGUGCGCAACCGCACAGGAAAAGGAGGAAGUUUUUUGACAUUGAGAUUCAAAAAGACACUUCCGCAUGUUACGGCGCCAGAAACAGAGCCGAUUCCGCAAGUCCGCGAGUUUUAAGCGCGAGUGCAAUAAACGGGGCCCCGUCCGGAACCGACGACACGAUAGCCUGCGAUUGUGGCAACAUGAACUUUUACGCGUACGUUGUUUUCUUAGCACUCCUUUGGAAAAAAUCGAUAUCAGUUAACAUCCAGAGCCAGUCUUACGAUGUUAACAUAGCACUCGGAAAGCAUUUGUUCGAGCCGCUGAUUGGCAAUAAAGCUCCGUAUAAUGGUAGCGUCACGAUCAUUUUUACAGUUAUUAAGAACGUUACUUUGGUAAAACUGAAAUCCUAUGCCGAUCUAGUCACAAUAAAAAAUAUCACUAUCGACGGGACAUUACUUGACGAGUCUCAGUACAUUGUGAAGAUGUCUGGCAAGAGAGUGAUCAUUCGACACGAAUUUCAUAAAAAUACCGAAUAUAACCUUUCAAUAAUAUUCAAUGGUAUAGUAAUGACGGACGACGUCGGUCAUCCGUUCGCCAUUAAACAAUCUUCAUUUGAAGAGGAGGCCCAUCGCACGGUAUAUAUCGUGCAGGCUCCGACUAACGGCAAAUUACACGACACUGCUCUAUCGGAUUGCACUUACCAGAUCAUUUCCCUGUUCACAACCGAAGUAUAUCCUACUCACACUCCUAGCAAUAAAGAUGCAAUAAGGAAUUUUAAAGAGGUGAUCAGUCGGAUUCAGCGGUUUGGCAUCCUCGGUAGCGAAAAUAAAGUCAUCACGGUUUUCAUGUUCGUCCGAACUUCCUACAACGGGCCCACAAGCAACGGGGCCCCCAACAUGGUGAAGAGGAAAUUUUGGUCGACACCUCUGUUGCGAUUCGACUUCUUAGUUUUCAUAGUUUCAAAUAUUUUCGAUUGUGAUGAGGCGGAACCUGUGAACGGAAUCAAUAUCAGAGUGUGUUCGCGCAAGAAGUUGGCAAAUGAUCGAGCCUGGGCAGUGAAGUACAUACCGACCAUUGUUUCGUUGUUUGACAGAUUUAUGAACUAUAGUCUUGCGAUGCAUAACAACGUCAAGAAGCUAGACUUUGUCGCUCUACCUGGUGACCAAAACGAAGCCCUAAGUUACUGGGGUCUGAUGACGUUUGGCGAGGUGGCAUUGCUGAACAAUAUAAUAACAGGCACCAAUAAACAAGAAAGUAUUUCCGUGAUUUCUCAUGAAAUCUGUCACCAGUGGAUGGGAGGGUUGGUAAACUUAUAUCGUCAUAUUUCCGAAGGUUUUUGCUUUUUUAUGGAGUUUUUUAUUCCUUCGCAAAUAGACAGCAUUUCGGAUUGGAAGUACAUAGGUUUCAUGAUGCCUACCAUAUAUUUGGCCUUAAAUGAAGAUUCGGAGGAAGACACUAUGGACUUGGUACAUUUUACGAACAUAAAUUUGAUAUACACAAAAGGUGGUGGCCUAUUUCGCAUGAUACAGCAUGUAAUGGGACAGGACAAUUUUUUCAAAGCAAUCCAGCAAUUCGUGACGAAAUUUGCGUAUCGUUUCGCCGAUGGCAGUGACCUGUGGACAAUAUUCCAAGACAAUGUGGAUAAUGCGGUAUCGAAAAUUCCAGCUGGCGUCGACUUUGCGUCCAUAGUUUCGUCUUGGUUCGGGCAGUCUGGAUAUCCUGUGGUAAAAGCAAAACGCGUCGGCAACGAUUUGGUGAUCUCACAAGUGAGUAUGCUCCUUUAUUCUUAA